GGCGGGUUCCCGGCUCCGGGUGCGGGCGCCAGGCGUGGGCAGGGGGACCCCCACCCCCCCGGAUCGCCGCGUCCACGCGGGGACCCUGGCUAUGGAGCAGCCGGCUGGCCUGCAGGUGGACUACGUCUUCCGGGGUGUGGAGCAUGCUGUGCGGGUCGUGGUUUCGGGGCAGGUGCUGGAGCUGGAGGUGGAGGACCGGAUGACGGCUGACCAGUGGCGCGGAGAGUUCGAUGCCAACUUCAUUGAAGAUUUGACUCACAAGACAGGGAACUUCAAACAGUUCAGCAUCUUCUGUAACAUGCUGGAGUCGGCCCUCACCCAGAGCAGUGAGUCUGUCACCCUGGACCUGCUCACCUACACAGACCUGGAGUCCCUGCGGAGCCGCAAGCUGGGGGGCCGCCCGGGCGCCUUGGCCCCCAGGUCGGCACAGCUCAACUCCAAGCGCUACCUCAUCCUCAUCUAUUCCGUGGAGUUUGACAGGAUUCACUACCCGCUGCCCCUCCCGUACCAGGGCAAGCCGGACCCUGUGGUCCUGCAGGGCAUCAUCCGCUCACUGAAGGAGGAGCUGAGACGCCUUCGAGGGCUGGAUGGCGGCCAGGAUGCUCGUGAUACUCGGGAGGCAGAGAUCUGGCACCUGAGGGAGCAGGUGACCCGCCUGGCGUCGGAGAAGCGCGAGCUGGAGGUGCAGCUGGGUCGCUCCCGAGAGGAGGCGAUGGCCGGGCGGGCGGCUCGCCAGGAGGCGGAGGCGCUGCGCGGGCUGGUGCGGGGCCUGGAGAUGGAGCUGCGGCAGGAGCGGGGCCUCGGGGGCAGGGCUGCGGGUCGUCGCAGCCAGGACUGCCGCCGCCUGGCCAAGGAGCUCGAGGAGAUGAAGGCGUCGGAGCGCAACCUGCGAGCGCGGCUGAAGACGCUGAACAGCGAGCUGGCCGUGUACCGAAGGGGGAGACGCACCCUGCCGCCGCCGGCUCCAGCCCGGGAGGAUCGAGCUUCGUCGUCCCGGGAGCGCUCCACGUCUCGCGGCCGCGCGGCCACUCGAUCCUCGUCGCGGGAGAGCGGCCGUGGGGCCAGGGGUCGCGGGCGGCCGGCGCGCCCCUCGCCCUCGCCCACAGGUGGCCGGGCGCCCCGUUUUGACCCCACAGCCUUUGUGAAAGCCAAGGAGAAGAAGCAGAGGGAGAUUAGGAUGAAGCAGCAGCAGCAGCGGAACCGAAUGGGCAGUGGAGGAAGCGGGGACGGCCCGUCCGUCUCGUGGUCUCACCAGACUCGGCCCGCUACUGCUGUGACAGGCCGAGGGGACGCCGCCAACCGCUCGCGGAACCGCAGCUCCUCGGUGGACAGCUUCCGCAGCCGCUGCUCGUCCGUCAGCUCCUGCAGCGAGUUGGAUUUCUCCGAGUCGGCUUCCAGGAGUCGUCGCUGCCGUGGCCGUGGGAAACCACCCAGCCCCACACCCUGGAGCGGGUCCAAGACGAAGUCUAGCACUCGAGAACGCACCAAUCACCAGAGACACCUGGCCAGUUCUGGGGGCUGGGUCCCCAUCAAAGAGUACGGCUCUGAGUACCAAGGCACUGACAUGGCUGAAAUAGAUGCCCGCCUGAAGGCUUUGCAAGAGUACAUGAACAGGCUCGACACUCGGUCAUGACCCCGGAGAGAUGGCGCCCUCAUUUCCCAUCCUGCCGUCAGUGGGUCUGGGGUGGCGGCCACACCCCUCCCAUGCUCCACACCUCCAGGUGCUCCUGGAGUCUCAGCCGUGUGAGGCCCUGACCCCCCCUCUCUCCCAGUAAUGCAUUGUAGGAGAAGAGGGUAUGUGUAUUUUGUAAAUAAACAUGGUUGUUCGUG